AUGGCGGACACGGACACAGAGACGCUCCCUAACGGCACCGGCCCGCUCUCCAGCAGCGAGGCUGAAGAGGAACGGCUGAAGCAGCGGCCGGCGGACAUCGACGCCGAUGUCCGCGAUAUGGAGCGCCGGAAGCGCGUCGAGGCGAUCAUGUCCUCGAAGCUGUUCCGAGAGGAGCUGGAGCGGGUGCUGGACCAGCAGAUGCACGAGGGCAACGACGCGCCACUUCUGCAACGCAUACGGGAGAUGGUGGGCGGGCGGUUGCAUACUGGUAGCUUGCGGGGUCCCAGCUGCGUUCUGCCCAUCAACGACAUUCGAGGCAUCGAGGGCGUGGGCUACGAGAAGGGGGAGAAGAUAUUGCGUUGCAAGUUGGCCGCCGUGUACCGUCUGGUCGAUCUCUUUGGAUGGACGCAGACUGGCAUCACGGGUCUGAUUACGGCCCGCCUGAACACCGCAGUGGAGCAAGUGCUCACGUCUCCACGCGGCCUUCUUCCUCAUGAGGUGACGGCUUCCUCGCUGGUGAAGGUCGAUAUGCAGGGGGUCGUCCAGGAUCAAGGCACUACCAACUUCCCCGUCAACCUUGAAGGUUUCGGCGUGGCGGCGUGCGUGCACGCGGCGCGGCCUGACGUGCGGUGCGUGGUGCACGUGCGGUCGGCGGGCGCGCUCGCCGUGUCCGCCACGCGCCGCGGCCUGCUGCCGCUGUGCGCCGAAGCCGCGCUGCUCGGCUCGCUCGCAUACCACGCCACUCCCUACGGUGAACUGGAUAACGAGGAGCGCGACAAGCUUGUGCGCGCUCUGGGCCCCAGUGCUAAGGUGCUGGUGCUGAGCGGCAACGGCGCGCUGUGUUGCGGCGCCACGCUGGAGGAAGCCUUCUUCCAGGCCAAGAACCUGGCCGCGGCCUGCGACGUGCAGUUGCGCCUGGCCACCCAGCCGCUCGACGAACUGUACCUGCUUGACGAGCACACGCGGCGCCAGAUCUACGAGGCGUCCCGCAAGCCACCGAGCGACGCGGGCAAGUGGCGCGUGGGCGGCGAGGAGUUCGAGGCGCUCAUGCGCAUGCUGGACAACGCCGGCUUCCGCACCGGCUACAUCUACCGCCACCCGCUCGUCAAGAACGAUGUGCCCAGGCCCAAGAACGACGUUGAAGUACCACCAGCGGUGUCAUCUCUUGGAUAUCUUCUAGAAGAAGAAGAACUCUACAGGCAAGGGUACUGGAAAAAAGGACAGGGCAAAACCGGCGAACGCACCCGCUGGCUGAACUCGCCCAACGUCUACCAGAAGGUGGAAGUCCUCGAAACCGGCACCACCGAUCCGAAGAAGAUCACCAAGUGGGUGGACGCUAACAACGAAGAGUGGGUUCAAGAUGGGUCACCGGCUCACAAUAGCACUCCUGUCAAGAUCGAUACACUCCAAUUUGUGCCUAAGAACACGAACCCCAAGGAAUUCAAGCAGCUGCAACAACAGAUCAAGGAGAACCGUCGCGCUGACAAGAUCAGCGCUGGGCCACAGUCCCACAUCCUGGAGGGCGUCACUUGGGACGAGGCCACCAGAUAUGUGGGCGAGGACGCCGCCAACACGCACACCGGCGACCACGUCGUGCUGAUGGGGGCCGCUUCGAAAGGCAUCAUUCAGCGCGGCUACCAGCACAACGCCACCAUGUAUAGCGCGCCGUACGCCAGGAACCCCUUCGACCACGUCACCGACCGCGAGAUCGACGAGUACAAGCGCACCGUCGAGCGGAAACAGCGCGGGAACGAGUACGACACGGAUCUGUCAGAGUCGGAGGCGGUCAGCGGCGCACAAGUGACUUCACCGGCCAGCGCGCCCUCCGAGACCGAAGAGGAGUCACGUGACGAGCACCGAGUGUUGCGGAUAGAGACCAAGCAAGUGCCGGUCCGCAGCCAGCCCGAGGUGGUGUUAAGCGAUGUGGACACGACCGACUUCCUGAAGGCAGAGCGGGAACACGCCGACCUCACCAGAGCGGUGGAACGGGAUCCGAACCUACUGUCUGAUGAUGAGGUAUUCUUGGAUUCGACCGCUUCGACUGGCACUUCGAGUGUGACUGCCGCGGCCCCAUCUACCGUCGUAGUGCGACAGUACACGGCCGCCACACCCGUACACGGUACUGUAAGCCGAGGUAAAUUAACAGCUGUGGACAAAAUCCUUGACGAAGCCUUAACAUCAAACACGCGCUCGAGGCAUUUCUUUUCACGCAACCCUAAUUUUGACAAUUAUAUUCAUAAGUUCGAAGCUGUUGAUAUCAAAAAACACCCGAAAUGUAAAUUAAAUCUUAAUUCUAAGAUUGCUUCAAGUGAUAAUAAAGAAUUAGUUUUACAUAAAGGUGAUGAUUUAGGCAGUCGUUCUAGUUUGAAUUCUAUACCGUCAUUAGAAUGGGAUUGUAGACAUAGAACGGAAUAUUUAUUUCGAACUCAAUCUCUUCCACGACAGAGAGUUAGUUCAUGUAACAAAAUUUACAGGACGCGUUCGCAUAGUGGCUUCAUCAAUUCAUUCAUUAAGGAUCCGGAUCCUAUUCACUAUCAUAUUCCCAAAUGUCGCUCGUGUGGUGAAAUCACCUUAUCUUAUAGGAAAAUAAAGACAGGCUCAAAGAGUACUUUAAGAUCUAAAUCACAUGGUUCGCUUUAUUUCUCCUUUGAUAAUAUCAAUCAGAAAUGCUUAGAUGAACUGAAAUCAGAACCUAAACCUACUAUUGUCAAAGUGAAAGCAAAUCUGCUACCAGUUUUUAAAGUGAACACAAACCCCAACACGGAGUUUGUUGAGAGCCAAGAAUUUACCGAGGAUAAUUAUUUAGAUGAUAUGAGUAACAGUUUUUCAACAGAAAAUCAAACCAUUGUUGAAAACAAACAAAUAGAUACUUUAACUCAGAAAGUCGAAAGUGGAAACCUUGUUGAAAGUGAUACUAAAAACGAAACUACACAAAAAUACGGCACAUUUAGGACAGAAGAUGAUAAAGAUAUUCCAGUUAAAUCUGACAACUCAAUCGAUUCGAUUGAGGGAGAAUACCACAGUUUUCAUGACGAUAUGGAUUUCGAGGAAGCGGUUUACGAUAGUCCUGUAAAGAAACUAAUGCAAAAAGAUAUAAGAGAUUAUUCUGUACCGAUUGAUUUCUUUUGUUCAGAUUAUGAAAGAAAAGAUUCCAUUGUACAGAUAUCACCAAGAAAACGUGACAUUCAAAAAAUGAAUAUUCUUGAACCAAUUUUGGAAGAGUCUAAAAGUUCCAAUAGCGACGAAUCAAAUAAUGUUACUUCUGUGGAAAAUAUUAAAACUGAAAACAUAUCAUUAUCUAAUCCAUUUUUUCACUCGCAAGAAGAACAAUCAAAUAAUUCAAAAACCUUAGAAUCUAAUAGAAUCAGAGACACGGUAAUAGAAAAAAAUAAUGAAGAAAGCUCGGAUAUCAGAAAAAACUUAAACCGGAAUAUUAACGACGAAAAUGCAGAAAUUGAAACUGUGUAUUAUGAUAAUUUAGAUCACAGAGACCCGGAAGGUUUUCUAAAAGAAAAUCAAUUCCAGGCUCUAAAAACAGACAUUAAUAAUUCAAAGCGAGAUGACGAAACAGUUUCUGCAACUAGUAAAGUAAGAUUAAGCUACAACAGUCUUACUAGUACAGAAACCGGAUUUAGUUUUGAUUCUUCUGAUGAAUUUGAGAAACUUGAAGUCGUAUCAGAAAUUCUUGGCGUUAUAGUUAACCGAAUUAACUUCGAAACCAUAGCAUUAUUUGACAAUAAUAGUGAUGACAUUGUAUUGAUAGAAGACGAAAAUAAUCAAGUAGAUGAGAAUAAUGAAAUAUCGCGUGGUGAUCAAAACGAGAUAGAAAAAGAUACAUUGCCAGAACAAGACCUUGAAAGUUUUUCCAUAGUACAGAUUAUAAAAGAAAUAGAAGGUAAUGAAAGCUUCAAUGCCACUGACACCACAGAUGCUAGCGAUUCGUCGAUUAUCCAGAAAAAUAAAAUAGUUGAAGCAAUCCUAUACUAUAUUUUCGAUACAGUUUUUUACACUGUGACUUGUAAGAACAAACCUAAAACCAAACAUUCUAAGCAAGUGGUAACUGUUAUUGACAGCGAAGAUAUUUUAUUUACAACUAACCCGCUUCUUUUGAAUUUAUGUAACAAUUCACCUGAAAAGAAAAUCUUGAUACCUACAGAACCUAAUGACGGAAAAAAUCAAAUUUUAGAGAAACCGUAUGAUGAUCGGAGCGAUUGUAAUUUAGAAGAUGCAAGAGUACCACUUGAACAUAUUAAUAUUGUAUGUUUAGUAGAACGUGAUAUAACUAACGCAAUAGGGUAUAAUGAAUCCAGUAAUGAGUCUAUCAAAGAUGAAUUCGCCGAGGAAAAUGGAAAUGAAGAAAGAUUUGAAGCUUCUGAUUUCGAAAAUAGCACAAUUGUAAGUACAUCUGAAUAUGGUGAUCAUAUUCAGAUUUUUGAUAGUUCUGAAAAGGAUUGGUCUAUCAAAUGUCGUUGUCGAAUGACGUCGAAAAGUGUAUUAGAAAAUUUAGAAACAAGCUUAGUAUGUACAUGUCCAGAACCACCUAAGCAUGACACAAUUCAGACUGAUACAUCAAACCUAAACGAGACUUUCGUUUUAGGUGCAAAUGAUAAAGAAAAAAUGAACACAGCAUUUGUGGAAGAUGAUUCGAUUUUCAGUAGAUCUUCCUCGCCUAGAAAAUGGAAUUCUGCGUUUGAACUGUGCACAGAAUCACCUAUAAAAAAUACAGAUGAUUCUUUUGUUGGAAAUGACCUGAGUGUUCUUUACGAAAAAGAUGAUACUAUAUUAGGAUCACCUUUUGUGAAAAGAUCGUCGGUGAUAUCCAUGUCGCAAACUCAGAACAGAGGUGGCCUGAAGUACUGGGUUUCGUUUGAUGAUAGUCUUACAGACGCACGGGAGAAACCUUUUUGUGGACGUGUUAGAAGAUUUCAAGCGAAGGAAAUGCCAAGUUUUAUUACCUUUGACUUCGAUAAAGAUGCAAAGCUAUCUCAAGAUGUUAAAAAAGGCCCUUUACAAAGAUCCAGUGUAUUCUUUAAUGAAAGUGACUUAAAUUCAGCCAGUUUUAACACAGCGUCCGCCUCAAAUACAGAUUAUAACACAUGCGAUUCCGUUUCAGCCAUGACUUGCGAAGCGAACGACACGGAAAAGCUACUGUACGAUUCGAGGAUGGAUUGGAAAUCAAGGGGGUGUCGGUUAUACUCCAGCUGGCCCCCUUUUGAAGACACCGUAUUCUAUAGAAUAAUAUCGAAAUUUAGAAUGUCCGAAAGCUUUGAUCCAAGCGAGCACACGGUGAACGGUGACCACUCGGACGCCCACCAGAGCACCUUCUCCCAUAGCAGUAAAGAGGGUUCCCCGUCUAAGGAGGUCUCCACCGAAGACUCGCCCAAGAAGGACAAAAAGAAGAAGAAGGGUCUCCGGACGCCGUCCUUCCUCAAGAAGAAGAAAGAGAAGAAGAAGGAGAAGUCCAGCACGCCGCAGCCCGCCUAG